CUUCCAACACUCUUCAAGUACAAUCUUCUAUAUGCACAAUCCCAAGUAUCUUGAAAUGAGAUAUAAGCAUCCAGAAAUGGUAGUAUUCCUCCUGCAUCAAAAUUCCCCCGAAGGUGAGCGGGAGUACACCACCAUGUUCGGCAGGGAGUAUGAGUGGAUAUGCGGACAGCAUGGCCCGCCAAUCACCAGGCCAAAAAUGAGAAUGCCAGGCUUGAGCUGAUCGAUGAGCAAUUGUCUGACAACGAUAAGCCAAGCAACGCAUGGCUUAGAAAUUGAGAGGCACAUUUCACAGGGUUACAGAUCUCAGAAAACAUAUCCCGUGCUUAGAUAAGACCUACCACUCUAGUCAAAGUCAGAAAUCUUUGAGUGAUAUCAUUAAUGAUGCGGUGCACGAUGAGGAGAAACAGAGUUCUGAAUGCAAGAUUUCAAUUUGCCUAACCGGCACCUUUCAACUAGUAAAGUCUCGAGAGGUCCUUAUUUGACAAGCCAUUUUGACGCCAGAAAACCCAGAUUCCAUCCUGUCCAUCAUUUCUUUAAGCCUCAGACUUGAAGGCAUCGGGGAAGCGGCGGAUGUUGCGCUCCAGAGAACCGUGGUUGGAAAGGAACUGGACAUAAGCACCGUCGACCUUGACGCGGCCAGCAGCCUUCUUGUCGAGGUACUCCUCACGUCGGAGAGGGGUGAAGCCCCAGUUCUUGGAGACAAUGAUCUUUUGUCGGCCAGGGAACUUGUACUGGGAUCGUCGGAGGGCCUCGAGGGCAAUGGCACGGUCUGGUAGUUGAUUAGUAAGAUGGCUUCAAAGUGGCAAAACGGAUUACACAUACUAGCAUCACGAGUGCGGACGCUCAUGAGAAUCUGGCCAAUGUUGACACGGGCGACAGUGCCGUUGGGCUUACCCCAGGCACCACGCAUACCGGUCUGCAGUCUAUCGGCACCGGCACAAGACAACAUCUUGUUGAUACGGACAACGUGGAAGGGGUGGGCGCGGACUCGGAGGUGGAAACCCUCCUUACCGGUGUUCUUGACGAGGUACUUGUUGGCGCAAAUACGGGCGGCCUCGAGGGCCUCGGAGCUCAGCUGCUCAUACUCGUUGGAAACGAGGUGAAUGCAGAGAGGGAAGUCGUCAACAUUGGCGCGCUUUCGGCCAAGAUCGAAGAUUCGGAUCUUGGGGUCGGGGACACCACGGUUGAACCGAGACUUGGGGUACGGCUGGAGGGGGAGUCAGUAUGAUAUUAUCUUCAGAAGUUUGUGAUUCAUAAUCAGAGAGGCCACCCCGCAGAAGCGCAGCACUGGGUAUUUCGUCGCGGAAAUGAAGCAGCGAGGUCAAAAUCACGAUAUUUCUGGAGAUGAUUCGAAUAAAGAAAAACUCACCUUGUUCUUGCAGUACCGGUAGCAACGAGCAGGACGGCGCGCCAUUUUGUCGGAGUUUGAUGGAUAUCCGGUUGAUGGUGUUGGUGUAGGAGAAAGCAGAGCAGCACACAAAGAAUGUCCCAAACAGCCUUUCUCGCAAUGUCUGCUCAUUUGUCAGCGGAUGAGGUCAGCGGGUAAAUGUCGGCUUAGGGCUCUGCAACGGCAGGAGCGUAUCGGGGUUAGCCCACUCCACGCACUUGCCUUUCAAAAACCCAUGCAACUUUUUCUUCACACUUUCAGCUUCCAUCAACGAACGUCAAGUCACCGCCAACCCGUCGCCCAACAAUCACAAUGGCCCCCCAGAAGAAGAGCAAGAAGGAUGCCAACAGCAUCAACUCCAAGUUGGCGCUUGUUAUGAAGUCCGGAAAGGUCACUCUUGGCUACAAGUCUACCCUCAAGAGCCUCCGAUCCGGCAAGGCCAAGCUCAUCAUCAUUGCUGGCAACACUCCUCCUCUCCGCAAGUCUGAGCUCGAGUACUACAGCAUGCUGUCCAAGGCCCCCAUCCACCACUUCUCUGGCAACAACAUUGAGCUCGGUACCGCCUGCGGUAAGCUCUUCCGUUGCUCCACCAUGGCCAUCCUCGACGCUGGUGACUCCGACAUUCUCAGCGACCAGCAGGCUUAAGUGUCUCGCUGAUAGAGAAUGCAUUUUAUGGCGUUUGGGGUAAAAUGGGUCCAGGGCAUAUGAGGAUAUACCAAUCUGAGUGAUGAAAAAGCGACAACUCUUAGUGAGAGCAUGCGAUGCAAGAAAGCUGGCAGUUCUCCCCUUGACCUAUGCGUCUUGGGCUUCGUUGGACUUGGUAUUGAUUACCAGUUCAAGCCAAUAAAAAAUAAAGCUCAUGAACAUUGUUCCCCGCCAAUAUAUGUCUUGUCCCUGUGAUUGUAACAUUGGUUGUCAUGCAAUUGGUUUUGUUAAUGCCGUGUUCGGUGUUGCGACAACAGAGCUCUAAUGUAAUGUAUGAACUCAAUCACUCCAUUGUCAAGCACGCAAUACGGAAGCAUUCCCCUUCACCUGUAUAUAGCAUUUUGUUGCUCAUUAUCCAUACUUGAACAAGGUUUCCUAGUUCUUAAGUCAACAUCUUAUAUUUUGUAUUAUCCCUGUUCUAGAGGCA